GACCACGGAGAUCGGAGUGACGGCUGGCUUGACCGCAGUGUCCGAAUGGCUGGGAGCAGGCUGGAGAGGGUUGGAACUGUGUUCACCCGGGUUCGAGAUUUGAUGCGCUCUGGAGUCAUAAAGCCGCAGCAGAAACCUAUCUGGUACAACGUGUACAAGGCUUUUCCACCAAAGAGGGACCCAGUUUACGUGAGGCCAGAUAACAGACACAGUACCAGGAAACAGCAAACUGUGCCUGAAAUCUUGUACAGAGAAGAUGAAGUGAGAGUGAAGUUCUAUGAUCAGUACGUGACUGGUCUGGCGUUUGAGCUGUCCAAACCAAACUUUGUGUCUUUGUGUCAGAGGUAUGUUUUUCCCCCUUCUUUAUGGGAAGAGGAGAUUCAAAUUUUCAAUUUCAAGUGUGAUCUAAAUUAGUCAAAUAAGAGUGUU